AAGCCACGGGCCAGGCCAGGCCAGUCUUGUGGACUGGGCCCGUCAGCCAAUCUCAGCCCUUAAACCGCAACGAAACGCAGAGCUCGACUCCCUUCCAUCCUCUCGCGGCGGCGCAGGCGUCUCUCUCCAUCCUUCUUCUCCUCCGGCGGCGGCAAGGCAUUUUGGCAUCUGAGCUCAACAGCUAGCAAAUGGCAGGCGGUAGAGUUGCACAUGCUACCCUCAAGGGGCCGAGCGUGGUCAAGGAGAUCUUCAUUGGACUCACCCUUGGGCUGGUGGCCGGUGGUAUGUGGAAGAUGCAUCACUGGAAUGAGCAGAGGAAGACUCGAUCCUUCUACGACAUGCUUGAGAAGGGGCAGAUCAGCGUCGUUGUCGAGGAGUAGUUCUGACGAGCUGAACCUGGAGUUCUAUAUCUCAAGUCUUCCAUCGUUUUGUUUUUGCCCAGUUAUUUCUGAAACUCUCUGGAGAGCAUGACAAAGUGACUGCUGUGGAGAUUGUAAUGAAAAUAAGCACCACUAUUUGAGAACAUCAGAAUCUUUUUGAACUUGAUUUAUCCUUGUCUUUACAUCUCAAGUAUGUCUGUUUCAUAUCUGUUUGCAAAGGAAACAAAUUCUGGGAUUGGAUGGUUACCCCCUUGCAUCAAUAUAUGAUUUACAUUUCCUCA